AUGGCCACCAGACGGCCUCAUAAGAAAUCGCGGAAAGGAUGCACCGCCUGCAAAAUGAAGCACCUCAAGUGUGAUGAACGUCGUCCCAAUUGUGGGAACUGUCAAGAUCGCUGGAUAACCUGCACAUAUCUGUGGGAGAAAAAACCACCACCUUCCACCUCUUCGAGAGAGAGUUCACAGCAGAUGUCUGGUACUCAUUCUCAAGUCGUAGUAUCAUCACCCGGUGCCUCCUUAUCACCGUUUCACAUGCCACAAGCAUAUAACAUUGAAGCUCUCAAACUUCUUCACCAUUACACGACCAAUGUUUAUGACUCUCUCAGCACUAUUGUUCCACAGCAAAAAGUAUGGCAGACAUCCGUCGUACAGAUAGCCAUGCGGAACGAUUUUCUUCUUCGCGGGAUUCUUUCACUAUCUGCUUUACACAUUGCCCUUGAUGGGUGCGAAAAUCCUCAAAUCAUGGUGGCGGAGGCUGCCCACCACCAAAAUGCGGCACUGGUAGAGUACCGGCGUCUCAUAAAUACCGGCGACAUCUCGCCAGAAAGUCAACGCGCAGCCUUCUUGUUCUCAGCUUUUUUGGCUAUGUGUGGAUUCUGCUUUCUUCGCGCAGAUGGAUACUUACUCAAGUCAAAUAAGGGCGAUCGCGGCAUUGAUGAGUUCUUGGCUUGCGCCAACUUGGUCAGGGGCAUGACUGGCUUGCAUAGUCUGUGGGCGGAAAACAUCUUCUCUGAUGAACUCUACGCUACUCUACGGAGUGGUCCGCCUACAGAUUUAUACCCCGACAUUGGCGGCGACGUUAUUACGGAGCUGCGUGCUCUAUCCGAUCUUGCUACUCGCUGCAAGGCUGAAACAUGUACGAACACAUCUGAAGCUUGCCAAGAUGCCGUUCAAUUGCUUUUUUAUUCAUUCGAGAUGAUCAGGAAGAUAACGGUGGACAGAGGCUCGAUGUCACCAAUUAUAGCUGGACUUAUGUGGCCUUCUAGAAUUUCCAGCGACUUUGUCAUUCUUCUGACUCAACGAAACCCUCUCGCCGUUCUUAUUCUUGCUUAUUUUGGAGUUUUAUUACAUCGGCUCGACUCGUUCUGGUUCUUCCGGGGGUGGGGAAAGCAUCUAAUCGAGACGAGCGUAUCCAUCCUAGGCGACUCGUACGCUGAUCUACUUGCCUUCCCAAAAGCGUCGGUGAGGCUAUGA